AUGAGGCAGCCUCCUGGCUUCGAGCAAGGUGCACCCGGCAUGGUUUGUAAGCUAAACAAGGCUUUAUAUGGGCUUAAGCAAGCCUCACGUUCCUGGUAUCUCACUAUCCAGUCAGCACUGUUUGAUCUUGGUUUCACUCAAUUUAAGGCUGAUCAUUCUCUAUUCAUCCGAAAAUCCAAGAUUGAAACUAUCUAUCUACUGAUCUAUGUAGAUGAUAUGUUGAUCAUGGGCAUCUCAUCCUCUGGAAUUGCUAAGGUAAUUGCUCAGCUUAAUAAAAAGUUUUCCUUGAAGGAUUUAGGGGAAGUGAAGCACUUUCUUGGUGUUGAAGUCUCCAAAACUUCUGGUGGACUUCACCUUUCUCAAGCUGCAUAUAUUGUUGAGCUGCUAAACAAAGUAAAAAUGUCAGAAGCUAAGCCUUGUCCUACACCUAUGGUCUCUGAUCUCAAACUUAGCAAGGUGGAAGGGGAACCAACCAUUGAUGGAAAGCUUUAUAGAAGUGUUGUUGGUUCAUUGCAAUAUGCAACAAUCACAAGACCUGAACUUAGCUUUUCAGUCAACAAAGUAAGUCAAUACAUGGCUUGCCCUCUAGAUACUCAUUGGAGAGCUGUUAAGAGAAUUCUUAGGUACCUCAGUGGCACUAUUGACUAUGGUUUACAUGUUAAGGCUUCAAAUUUCAAAAUCUCUGGUUUUUCUGACUCGGAUUGGGCAUCUGACAUUGAUGAUAGGAGAUCAACCACUGGUUAUUGUGUGUAUUUUGGCGAUAAUUUGAUCUCUUGGUGUGCCAAAAAGCAAAAGGUCGUGUCGAGGUCUAGCACUGAGGCAGAAUAUAGAAGCUUAGCCCACACCGUGUCUGAGAUUACAUGGAUUACAUCAUUGUUGCAGGAGCUUGAAAUACCAAUGCAGACACCUCCUGUGGUUUGGGUGGAUAAUUUAAGCACUAUUGCCUUAGCCUCCAAUCCUAUACUUCACUCUAGAGCUAAGCAUAUUGAGCUGGACAUCCACUUUGUUCGAGACAAGGUAGCUGCAAAGGAAAUAGAUCUCAGACAUGUUCCUUCACUUGAUCAGGUUGCUGACAUACUAACCAAGCCACUCAGUCUCCAAUUCUUCACGAGGCUCAGAAACAAGUUAGGAGUUUGUUCUCUCGCCUCCCUCGAAUUGAGGGGAAGUGUUAACCUUGUUGACAUAAAGCAAGCUAAGGAGGAGAAGAUUCAAGCCAGCUGGAAAGAUGUGCUUCUAGGACCACUUCCAAUGAAGUUGGAUAAGAGAAAAGAGAUGCAGCACGUGGCAUGUGGUCCUGCUAUUCUUGCAUCGUGUUGA